AUGGACUGCACCACAGAAGGUAGCGGCGAUCUAUACGGCGUCGGUGUCCGAACUGGCCUUUAUCUACAAUGGGCUGCUGGAUUUCUCCUCCGCAAUUGGAAUGGAUCCUGGAAAACCAUAUCAGCCGUGCGCGUUGUAAAUAAUGCGAUUUGCUAUGCGAUUAUCGUCACUAUGAUCAUCGGACAAACCAAGGGCUCCGCACUGUCCCUGGACUUCCUUCUGGUCUAUUAUCUCACCAUUGCAUUAUUCUACUCCGAGUCAUACAAUCUCUUGAAAAAGCGCGACGCAGCCGGUAACGAGCAGGGGUAUUUACUACGUCCCGAUUUCCCGCUCGUUGCGCAAAACCUUUUAUGUGCCCUGAUCAGUGUUUUUGGCGUCUGGUUCUGGAUUCAAGGAAUUUAUCAAGUCGAGGCACCCACAUGUCCGGCAAAGGCAGCUUGUCUUGGUCUCUUUCCAUUGAUGAGCGCCCCGUGGCGUCGAUUUGCGGCUACGAUUAGCGCUAUCACGGGUAUAAUAUUCAUCACUUUCUUCAUUGUUCACCUGGUGGAAUUAUUGCCAGGCCUUAAAAAAGGCCCUGUGAGACGAGUGAACCAGAUCGGGAUACGUUUAGCCCGGAUAUUUCAGAUGGCCUCGGCUCGGAGGAUCGACUUCGGUUCUUCCCAAUCAGUGUAUACAUACCGAAUCAAAACGUCGUCUACCCAAAGCAUUCUACGACCUCAGCUCAGGCAAGCACCGACUAAUUUCGGCGGAUUGAUCAAGUUCAUCCAUUGGGGGAUCAUCAAUCUUUUGGGCCCGCUUAUUGCGAUUGUCUCUGUGGAGAGGAUGCUGCAGGCAAAUCAUCUCACUACAGAGAGUAUCGCAACUUCAAGUGGUCAAAUGAUUUCCCUCUUCACCGGCAUCGCAAGUCUUUUCGUUGCUGUUGCCGAUAUCUUAAAGGGGAUCUGGUCUCAACAAAGGAAAGAUCUAGCAGAGGAGUUCCUUGAGCACCAGGUCCAUGAUAGAUCUCGACCGCUGAAUGCGAAGGAAACCAGACUUCUCGUACGUCAACUCAUAGUGGCUGAAGAACAGCGAGACCCGGCAUUUCUAGAAGAGAUAAUCCAGACUUCGGCUUCAGAUACAGUGGAUAUUCCGAAUCCCCUGGUAGAGAAUGAGGAGCUGGAGUCAUCUCCAGAUUCCGCAAGCAAGCUUUCAAAUUCCAUCCGGGUCGGAAACGGGGACACCUUUAAGACAUUACUUGAGGCAAUCGGACCAAACUGCCCUGAUAAAUUGGGCAAACAUCCUCUAUGGUGGGCCGUAUCCUGCCAUCAACCGGAAUUCGCGACCAUUCUGCUGAAACGAUACGAUAUCGAAGUCAAUUGUCGCGAUCACACGAACCGACAAACUCCACUGGGUCAUGCGGCACAGAGGGGAGAUCUAUCGAUGCUCAAGCUACUACUCUCACACAAGAACAUUGAAGUGGACGCCCGAAAUAAAUAUGGGCAAACGCCCUUCCUAGAAGCAGCAGCAAACGGCCACGUCGAAAUCAUGGAAGAACUUUCUUUACAUGAUGCGGACCCAAAUUGUCGAGAUCAAAGAGGCUACUCUCCACUGACCUGGGCUAUUCUUAAAGAACAUGAUCCAGUGAUCAAAAUAUUGCUAUCAAUAAGCGAAGUGGACCCAAAUCUCGACGACGAAAACGGCCAACAACCUUUAUGCUGGGCCUCCAAAAAAGGAAAUCAGGCCGCCGUGCGUCUUCUACUCGAUCACGGGUCUCAAACCGAGAUAGAGCACAAAGAUCGGCACGGCAGAACGCCUCUCUGCUGGGCAGCUAUGAAGGGCCAGAGCGAGUUAGUCAAGACCCUUGUGGAAGAAGGGGCAAACCCUUUCCCUCGAGAUAUUUCGGAGCGUACGCCGUUAAUAUGGGCAGCUAUGCGGGGUCACUUGGAGGUUGUAAAGUAUUUAUGUGCCCAAGCAUCAACGAGAGACCCAUCGCAGAUUGAUGCCAGGGAUAUAGAAUCCCGCACGCCGCUCUCGUGGGCUGCUCGAAACAAUCAUGAGCAGAUUGUGAAGGUUCUGUUGAGCUAUGGCUCUGAUAUAAAGAGUCGGGAUAGCGAGGGUCAGAUUCCGCUCUUUGUAGCAGCUCAGAAUUGCAAUGUGAAGAUUUGUAGGCUUUUGGUUGGGAGGAAUAGGGUUUAUGUCAGGGAUGGUGACUCUGAGAGGGGUUUUUAA